AUGAGGAAUGCAACUUCAAAAGUCAUAGCAGAAUACAUUACAGACCUAGUAUGCCAUACACUACAAGAGAUAACACCCAAAUUUGUCAUUGAAGAAAUGAGAAGCAGAUAUGGCUUGCACAUUGGUUACCACAAAGCAUGGUGUUCCCUCCAACACGCUUAUAAUGUCAUAAGAGGAAGCCCAGAAAAUAACUACACACUUCUACCGCAAUAUCUUCACAUGAUGAAAUUAAGAAAUCCUGGAACAGUUGCUAACAUCAAAUGGACCGCUGACAAUAAGUUUAAGUAUGCUUUUUUCGCUUAUGGAGCAUCAAUUGAGGGUUGGAAACACUGCAGACCAGUAAUGAUGGUGGAUGCAACCUUCUUGAAAUCAAAAUACCGCGGUGUGCUCAUGAUAGAAGUAGCAAAAGAUGGAAACAACAACAUAUUUCCUCUCGCAUUUGGUAUUGCAGACUCUGAGAAUAAUGAAUCCUACAUGUGGUUCUUCAGACACGUGAAAAAGGUGUUUGGCACGCGCAAAGACCUAUCAAUUCUUUCCGAUCACCACGCAUUAAUUGCAACUGCAAUCAAAGAACUGUAUCCAGAUACCCAGCAUGGCAUAUGCAUCUACCACAUAGAGAAGAACUUGCAGAAAUAUUUCCCAUCCGAAGCGAUCCUAUCACUGUUCUACAAUGCAGCAAGUACCAACAAACAGGCAGAGUUUCGUACCUAUAUGUCACAGAUACAACAAAUCGACCCAAAAGCUGCAGAAUACAUAGAAGAAGAACCACCGGAAAGAUGGGCACGUUCAUUCCACACCAACAGGCGUUACAACAUGCUCACAACAAACAAUGUCGAGACAAUGAAUUUUGUAUUGAGGAAAGCAAGGGAGUUGCCAAUAAUGGCAUAUAUUGAUUACAUCCAAAACAAGCUGCAAAAUUGGUAUAACAGUUUUUGCCGGGAAAACAAAAUUGGUAUCUCAAAGAUUACAUCCUGCAAGUUCUCUGAACUUAAUUUCUGCCGGAAAGGGUGGAACUUCUGUUCAUAA